UCGCGGCGUCCGCGCACCCACCUGGCCACCUCCCUCCUCUUCGCGCCCUCGCCUCACCAGCACGGCACGCGAGGUUGCUGCGUGCGGCGGCGUCACCGUGUAUUGCUGCGGGUGCGGAGCUGAGGAGUCCCGUCGGAUCCUCGACUCUGUCUACGAGUGAAGCUUCUUGUAGCUCCUCUUUCAUUAUCAGCCAGGGAGUGUUGUCGGAGAUGGCAAGAAAGAAAAAUCCCUUUGUUUUCCUAGACGUGUCGAUUGGUGAUGAUCAUGCAGGGAAAAUGGUUUUUGAGCUGUUUGCUGAUGUUGUUCCAAAGACAGCUGAGGACUUUCGAGCGUUGUGCACAGGAGAGAAGGGAGUUGGAAAAACAACUAUAUCACCACUCUAUUAUAGGGGCACAAAAUUUCACAAGAUUAUGAAGGGAGUCAUGGCACAGGGUGGCGACUUCUCGAAAAACAAUGGGACUGGUGGAGAGAGUAUAUAUGGUGGAACAUUUGAAGAUGAAAAUUUUGUCUUACGCCAUGAUUAUCGUGGUCUAUUAUCGAUGGCGAAUACUGGACCGAACACAAAUGGUUCGCAAUUCUUCAUUACAUUCAAGCCUGCACCUCAUCUUGACAGGAAGAACACUGUCUUUGGCAAGCUUAUUCUUGGAGAUGAUGUGUUGACGAAGAUUGAGUGUGUUGAUGUUGAUGGUUUGACACCUCUUGUUCGAGUGAAAAUAGUGGAUUGCGGUAUGCAUAUUGACAUCAAUGACUAUGGAUCUAUGGCAAGCAAAAAUGAUAAAGUGAAAGCUGAUAACUCAAAUCUCUCCAACGGCAUAGCUUCUGGUGGAGAUAAUAGUGAGCAUAAACUAAGGAGUUAUAGUAGGUGGUCUUCAAAAGGGAGAGGUAGUAGUAUCAGUCCGAGAGGCCCAAUCAAAAGGCCGUCUAUUCACCCUGUUGAAAGCAGUAGGAGCACUAGUCCAACCAGGCUGCCUGUCGAAAGCAGUAGGAGCACUAGUCCAACCAGGCAGAGCAUCAACAUGGGGCUUCGUGAACGAAGCUCCAGCAGGAGCCCGUCUAGAUGUGCUAGCAGAAGUCUUGAUACACCACUUUCUAGAAGCAGAAGCAAAAAUGCAAGUUCCUCUGGUGCUCAAACAAGAAGUUUUAGUGGGAGAUCGGGGAGUCACUUGCCACGGAGGAACCAGAAUGCAAGUCCAGAAGGAUCUCCUGUGCAGAGAAGAAUGAGCAGAAGCCCAAGCAGGAGAAGAAGAGUAAGCUCAACUCGAAGUGUUAGCUGGAGCCCAUCAAGACGCUCUAAGAGGAGAAAAAUCCGAAGCCACAGGAGAUCAUCUGGGAGAAGUUCUGUGCAUAGCCCUACAUCACAUCAUCAACCUCGUAGGAGCAGUAGCAGGGGUGCUAGUCCACCUUGUAGUCACAGGGCAAGAUUACCCUCACCUGAUAAUGUUAGAAGCCUGUCCAGGAGUGGUGGUUCUUCUCAUGGAUCUCCAAAGCGCAUAAGAAAGGGCCGUGGUUUCACUCGGCGUUACUCAUUUGUACAAAGAUACCGAUCACCCACUUCCAAUCGCUUAUCUGUUAGGUCAGACCACUAUGGUGGAAGAAACAAUCGUGAAAGGUAUGCAACCUAUCAAAGCUCGCAUUAUCACAGACGGUAUAGAAGCCCUUCCAUUGGAAGAGCAUCAUCUCGGCGUAGGACUUGGAGCCGUAGCUGAAGAUUGUCAUGCAUCACUAUUUAUUACUGCAGCAAGGCAAGAGUUUCAGUAUGUACAGCAAUAGCUCGGUAGCUCAUCUUUCACAAUCUGCUGAGUGAGGGAUCAACCUCAAAGUUGGGUCCAGAUCACCAUAAUUAAUACAAGGCUUGCUUAUGCCCCCCUUGAAACGACCAGGGAGAGAGAAUGCGAUUAUCGGUUUAGGUGAGGGAACUGCUGGUAUAAUCAAUAUUUGAUGCCAGCUUAAUCAUUGGUCCUUAUGCACGUCUGCACGUUAUCACAACGACUAUGCUUGUAAGUAAUCCAGGUUACGUGCCAUUGCUCAAAAAUAAACUUCAGCCAACGCUGCAUGCAUGUACUCUGAAAUGCGGUUUACCCUGCACUGGCAACUGAAA